AUGGACGUUGACAUGCUGAUGGCCGCGGCUCAUGCCACAGCAUGGGAAGAACCACCGGCAGACCCCGCCUGCGACGUUGACAAAGAGGCAGAGUGGCUCCAGAGGAAGAUGACCGAGAUCUGUAAUGACACGCGCCAGACGAACGCAUCGCGACUCGGUCUAGUGGCCAGAGAUCAAGCACAAGAGAAUCAGCUGCGCGAUGACUCGUCGAGCGUCCCAGCGAGUGAGAAGAAGGAAGUGCCGAGACGCCGCGAGGGAAGAGGCGCUCUACUUCUGAUACAGGGCAAAAGUGACGAGUCUUCAGAGGAUGAUACGGUUUGCGCGUGGGACGAGCUUAUCGGCACGAUGCACCGCGAUUCCUGGAGAAGGCUAUACCGGCUGGUGCUCGGAAAACUCCGGCCAAGGGAGCCCCCAGCGACGGAAGACCUGGACCGAGCAACACUGGACAGAGUCCUGGAAAAGUUGUUUCCGAAGUACUUGGAUGAGACGCGAGGCAUCCCGCCUCACGAGACAGACGCUUCGCAGCAGCCACCACCAAAGCUGGUUACGGAGGAAGAACUGGCAGCAGCCAUGAAGAAGAUGACAGCGAGGAACACCGCCCCAGGCCCGGAAGAAAUCCCCGGCCAAGCGCUCACACGGGCUGUGAACCCUCGAAGUACGGCUGAGACGUUUGUUCAAUGGCAAAGUGCCGAAGACCUGGAAAACCGAGAGAUUGGUGCUCUUCCUGAAGCCGGGGAAAUCGCUGGACCCUGCAGGUCGAUCUGCCUGCUUAACGAGAUGGGGAAGCUGUUCGAGAGAGUGGCCAUGGUCCAUCUCCCGAAGCACUUGGAAGAUGCGGGACCAAAUCUCCAGGAAAGUCAGUUCGGCUUCAGGAAGAGCAGAUUGAGGAGCGACGCCAUAGAGCGUAGCGGAACCAGACAGAUUCCGCGGUGA